UAUAUACACCUUUCAUAAUCUACAGGAUGCACAACACAUUAUUGAGACACUAUACACACAAAAGUGAAAUAUCAUGAAGAGUCACACAAUAUUCCUAAUUAGAAUCAUUUUACUUUUCAUGUUUAUUGGAUCACUAACAGUUUGGAUCUUGUUGCCAACAAAGAUCUACCGCAACACAUGGACUGUCACCCUAGAAAACAAGCUCAACUCUACAUACUUCAGAGAGCAAGGGGUAAAUCUCUUGCUUUUUACAUUUCCUAUUAUGUUCAUUGGAGCUCUUGGUGGUAUUUAUCUCCAUCUUCAUCAGGAACAUAUAACACAAAACUUACCCUCCACAAGUGGUGGUGCUCUAAAAAGAUUAAUAUGUUUCCUGAGACGUCCAUUUCUGGUGAUGUCUCCAUUUGGAAUAGUUUCAGCUAUGGAGCUUUGUUUUGCACUCAUGUUUGUUGCACUUUUGAUAUGGUCUCUUGGUAAUUACUUAUAUAUUAGUUUUGGUAACCUCCAUAUGCAUAAAGCAGGAGAGAAAGUAUGGGAAGCGAAGUUUAGGAGUGUAUCAUUGAGACUUGGUUACAUAGGAAACAUAUGUUGGGCAUUUUUGUUCUUUCCGGUGACAAGAGGGUCUUCAAUUCUGCGUCUGGUUGGACUCACUUCUGAGUCAAGCAUCAAAUACCAUAUAUGGCUUGGACAUUUAUCGAUGGUUCUUUUUGCUGCUCAUACUAUUGGUUUUAUCAUCUAUUGGGCCAUCACCAAUCAAAUGAUUGAGAUGCUAGAGUGGAGCAAAACUUAUGUCUCCAAUGUAGCCGGAGAGAUUGCAAGUUUAAUAGCACUAGUAAUGUGGAUAACGAGUAUUUCACGCAUAAGGCGUAAAAUGUAUGAAGUAUUCUUCUACACUCACCAUCUCUACAUUCUCUAUAUCUUAUUCUAUGCAAUCCAUGUUGGAGUUGAAUACAUGUGCAUGAUUGCUCCUGGGAUUUUUCUAUUCCUCAUUGAUAGACAUCUUAGAUUCUUACAAUCUCGCCAAAAUGCUCGGUUAUUAUCGGCUCGCAUUUUGCCUUGUGAUGCACUUGAGCUCAACUUCUCCAAGAAUCCUAGUUUAUACUAUAACCCCACAAGCUUGGUGUUCAUAAAUGUUCCAAAAGUUUCCAAGCUGCAAUGGCACCCUUUUACAGUGACUUCUAGUUGUAAUAUGGAAACUAAUAAUCUCAGUGUUACCAUAAAAAAUGUUGGUAGCUGGUCAAACACGCUUUAUCAACAACUUUCAUCUUCAUCUUUGGAACAUCUUAAUGUUUCAGUUGAAGGACCCUAUGGACCUCACACUAAACAAUUUCUAAGGCAUGAACAGAUUGUGAUGGUAAGUGGUGGAAGUGGCAUAACUCCGUUCAUAUCGAUAAUUCGAGAUCUCAUAUUUCAAAGCCAACAGCAACAAUUCCAAGCUCCAAAACUCCUACUUGUUUGUGUUUUCAAGAAUUAUGUUGAUCUAACAAUGUUAGAACUUAUGCUUCCUGCUUCUGCUUCUGGUUCAACAACUCAAAUCUCAAACCUUCAUUUACAAAUCGAAGCUUACAUCACGAGAGAAAAACAAGAACCUUCAACAGAAACUCAAAAACCUAUCCAAACAAUAUGGUUUAAGCCAAACCUCUCAGAUUCUCCUAUCUCACUUGUAUUAGGCCCAAAUAAUUGGUUAUGGCUUAGUGCCGUAAUCACGUCAUCUUUCAUCAUGUUUCUUCUUCUUUUAGGAAUUUUAACUCGUUACUAUAUUUAUCCGAUGGAGAAGAACUCGAGUGAAGUGUAUAAUUGGACAUUCAAGGUUAUGUGGUACAUGUUUCUAAUCUGUGCAUGCAUAUGUGUAUGUUCUAGUGUUGCUUUUCUUUGGUGGAAAAGACAAAACACUUUAGAAAAUAAGCAAAUAAAUGUAGAAGUUUCAACACCAACAAGAGAACUUGAAAGCAUUCCUCAUCAAUCUUUAGUGGAAGCUACCAAUGUACAUUUUGGUGCAAGACCUGAUCUAAAAAAAAUUAUGUUUGAGUUUGAAUGCAAAGAUGUUGGAGUCAUGGUAUGUGGUCCAAGAAAAUUGAGACAUGAAGUUGCCAAAAUUUGUGCUUCUGGUUUAGCUGAUAAUCUUCACUUUGAAUCCAUCAGCUUUAAUUGGUGAUACAUAAUAUAUAUUGUAAAUCAUUUGCUUAUAUUGUGUGUGUAUAAUAUACCAUCUGUAAAAUAUCCAUAUAUUUUUUUGGUUAAGGUAAAAUAUCCAUAUCGAUUCUUCGAUAUAGUUAAUCAGUUGUGAACAAGUGCAAUUGCACAUAUGUAUGUGUUCAUGGAUUAAUGUUUUUACUUCUUAUUUGUUGUUCUUCAUAUGUUUGUAUAUUGAGUGGAUAUCCCCAAAAUUUGUACUUAAGUUUUCUUAUCAAUGUAUUGAUUUGAUUAUAUA